AUGGCGACAACGCCGACAUCGAGUCGCGCCAACCCACUGGGAAGCGCGGCAGAGACAGAGCGGAUGGCGAGGCAGUGGAGCGAGGCGCUGCGUGGAUGCCGGACCGAGUCUGUGGUACUGGCGACCAAGUUUGAUCGGCUGCGGGCUGUGAUAGUGGCGCAUGUGCAGAGCGGGAUGACGAGCGAUGCGGAGAGCGACGUCGACAUCGCAGUGUUCCAUGAGGCCUUCCCUUUUGCCAUCUGCAUGUUGGACCAGCUUGUCAAGACGCCCCAGUUGUCAGAGUCUGCCGACGAGCUGCGAGACAUGGUCUCUCGGACCAAAGACGCGCUCGCCGACGAGGGCUGGUCGUUUGGCGGCUUGAUGGCCAUGAUCGGCACCAUCUUCACUCUCGCGCCGUACGCCGCCUCUGCGCUUGUGCAUCCUCGCGAGAGUGCGAGCAGCGAUGAACGCGACGGCGUCUCCGACGCCAAUCGCUGGUCCUCUGUCCUCCGCAACUGCCAGGGCGAGAUCGACACUGUCCGCCAUCGCAUCGCCGACGCUGACUCCAGUGGAGGCGGUGACGACACCACUGACGAGAUGGACGCUCGCACAGAGGCUGCCAUGCAAUCGCUUACCAAGUGUGUGCUGAAUGCCGUGGCUCCGGUCGAGUUUGGCGCGUACCUCCGCUCAUGCGAAGAGCGCGGCUGCAAGGUGUUUGACGAGUGCGACGACGCCGACGUCCCACCUGAGCUCAUCCUAGCCUUUGACAAAGUCACCUCGGCCAUGAUUCAUCACCUACUCUGA